AUGCCGUUAUCACAUGCAUCAAGAUUAGUCAAAAAACGAGUUGUGAAGCAAAAACAUGAUAAAAUGAGUAAAUUUAAAUUGAAUAAACGAUAUAAAGAUGAUAAUGAUGAUUACUUUAUCCUUGAAUUAAGCGACUCAGAUGAUUUUUAUUCAGAAGAUAGUGAUUCUGAUUCUGAAGAAUUUUUAGAUCAAAGAAUGCAAUGCCUAUCUGAAUUUAAAUUAGGAAGUUUUACUAUAGCGGUAAAGGGAAUAAGUUCUCUUUUUAAUUUUUUUAAACCAAUGAAAGACUUAGCUGAAAAUAAACUUGUUGUAGAUUUAACAGAUGAUAUUAAUGAUGAUAUAUCCACUGAUAUAAAAGAUAAUAACAAUGUAUUGGCUGAUAUAAAGGACGAUAAUAAUGCAUUGAUCAGUGCAAAAGAUGAUAAUAAUGUAUUGGUCGGUACAAAGGGUAAUAAUAAUGCAUUGGUUGGUACAAAGGAUGAUAAUAAUAUAUUUGCUGAUGCAAGAGAUGAUGAUUCAUCAGCUGGUAUAAAAGAUGAUGAUUUAUUAGCUAAAGGUGAUUCAGAAACAGGCUUUUUAGAUGAUUGA